AAGCGGCGCUUUGUGAUCGAUCAGAAUCACGCAAUCAGUUAAACAAAGUUCAGUUUGGAGAAGUGCUUCGUCAUGCAGUGUCCGUUUUUAAACAGAUUUACUACUAACUUCGUCCGCAAUUAUGCGGAGGUGUUGUGUCAGUCAUAUGGAAUGUACUGUCCCGUGGUUGGCAAGACGUUGAGUGGGAGUGAGAAAAAACUUUCUCUUGUCGCCUCAUUGCCAUAUGCAGCAACUGUUACAAGGUCGUUAUCCAAACGCGAAUACUCAACCGAGAGUAAUCGCUUUGGGAGUGACGUUAAAGGGAACCAUGAGAAGGAGAGGGCAGUCGCCUCCGCUAGGGAUACAUUUCCCUACGAGAAGUUCUUCAAUGAGCAAAUUAUGAAGAAAAAACGGGACCACUCCUAUCGCGUGUUCAAGAAAGUGAACCGAUUAGCUGGCGAUGGGCUGUUCCCCCACGCACUGGAAUAUUCCGAACGGACGGAGCGACCAAUUACUGUGUGGUGCUCCAAUGACUAUUUGGGCAUGUCUGCACAUCCCAGUGUGAAAAGGGCUGUGCAGGAUGCUCUGAAUAUGCAUGGCUCUGGCGCAGGUGGAACACGGAACAUUUCGGGGAACUCCUUACAUCAUGAACGACUCGAGGAGAAACUGGCCGAUCUUCAUCAAAAAGAGGCAGCUUUGUUAUUUACCUCGUGCUUUGUGGCAAACGAUUCAACGCUGUUCACGCUCGCCAAGCUUCUGCCAGGAUGUCAUAUCUUUUCUGACGCUGGGAAUCAUGCCUCAAUGAUUCAAGGAAUACGGAACAGCGGAGUCCCAAAGCACAUAUUCCGGCACAACGAUGUUGACCAUCUGCGCAUUCUCUUACAACAAUUGGACAAAAGCACUCCCAAGAUCGUUGCAUUUGAGACCGUACAUUCCAUGACAGGGGCGAUAUGCCCACUUGAAGAGCUGCUCGAUGUGGCCCACGAAUACGGUGCUAUUACGUUCAUUGAUGAGGUCCACGCAGUGGGACUGUAUGGGGAUCAUGGUGCCGGGGUUGGUGAACGUGACGAAGUGCUGCACAAAAUGGACAUCAUAUCUGGAACCUUGGGAAAGGCCUUUGGUAAUAUCGGAGGGUACAUAGCAGGGUCCGAUAAGCUUGUCGAUAUGAUACGCUCAUACGCGGCUGGAUUUAUUUUCACAACGUCGUUGCCACCCACGGUGCUUUGCGGCGCUCUGGAAGCUGUCAAUGUUCUGGCCUCGGAUGAGGGUCGUCAUCUUCGUAGUCUGCACCAACGAAACGUUUCUUACCUAAAAAACUUGCUGAAAAGAGAAGGUUUUCCAGUAGAGGACACGCCCAGCCACAUUAUCCCAAUUAAACUUGGGGACCCAUUGAAGUGCACCCAAAUCUCAAACAUGCUAAUCGAACAAUUUGGACACUACCUACAAUCCAUAAACUAUCCAACAGUUGCCCGCGGCCAGGAGAAACUUCGACUAGCUCCGACACCUUUUCAUACUUUCGAAAUGAUGAACGCCCUAGUUACGGACUUGAAGAAGGUGUGGCAAAUGGUUGAUCUGUCGACAAAUGUUCCGCUGUCACCGAACGGCUGCAUGUUCUGCAACACUGAGAGCUGCGGACACCAGGAUACGUGUCCCGACCUCGAGUGUGGUAUCCCCAACUGCCCGCGUCUGGAAAUCUCUGUAGCAGCAUAGUUAACCAAAGCAUUCAAAAUAUUCAACUUUGGCUUAAAUUCUUUUAAUGGUUUUGGACAAAUAAACAAAUGGUUUUGGUGCUUUAACAUGAU